UACCGAGGCUGGAAAUCUAAAGAGGUUAAUCCAGCUGACUCCUCCCAGCGCUGCCGUCCACCGUAUUAAUAAUCACACCACUUGAGCUUCGCCUUAAAAGUGGGAGGGCUGCUCGAGAGCGCCGGAAAACCCCGAGGAGCUGUCUCCGAUACGCGUGGUGCUGAAAGUGCCACUCGCCGCAUCAUGUGGUCGGUCAUCUUUGUAUUUCUGUCUUACCUGGACAGAAACUUCGUCAAGGGCGACUUUCUGAGCCGCGCUCUGGACGCAGAGAAGGAGAGCAAAGAGAUGUUCUCCAUGCUCAACGGCACCUUUUGCGCAAAGAUGUCCACCGUCAGGGAGAGUUUCCUCUACCAGGUAUCGGACGGAGCCGAAGCGGUGCUCUCCGUCGUCAGCCCCGCCGGGAAGCUGGUCAACUGCUCGGUCAUCGUGAACCAGAUGCAGGUGAAAUCCUUCAUGCACGAGUGCAGGCUGGGGCUGAAGGAGCGGAGAGCCGGGCGCCAGCUGGAGACGCGCUUUACGCGCAUGGAUGAAGCCAAAGAGAUGUGCCGGGAGUUUAAAGAGCGGUCGGAGAGAGAGGACAGCGGCGACUCUGGGGUUUUAAAACGAGCAAAGAGGGGCUUCACGUAUCCCGGGACCCUGUGGUGUGGAGCUGGAAACAUGGCUGAUAAUUACAACCAGCUGGGAGAAUUUGCAAACACCGACAGCUGCUGCCGGACCCACGACCACUGCCCCCAUGUCAUCCACGCCUUCUCCUCCAAGUACGGCUACACCAACUUCAAGUGGCACUCCAUCUGCAGCUGUGACUGUGAUAAUACGUUGAGAGCUUGUCUGAGGAAAGUCAACGACACGUCUUCCAGGGUCGUCGGUCAGGCGUUCUUCAACGUCAUUGGCGUGCCUUGCUUCGACAUCGUGUAUGAAGAGCAGUGUGCAGAGCGUCACUGGUAUGGCGUGUGUAAACGAUACGAGAAACUUCCCAUCGCUGUGCUGAGAGACGCUGUCCCGUAUGACUUUGGCGGUAUUGAUGUCAUUGAUAAGCUGCCGCUGCCUUCCUCCAAGAAAAGCGAAGAAGAAGGAGCAGCAGAGGGAACGGCACAAUCCACGGUGUCAGGCCCCGAAGAGCCUUCGCUCACGAACGUCGUCACCGCUGCUGAGGACUUCAUCAAGGUCCUCGCUACUGUCUCCACCUCCCAGAGCUCCACCACCGACUCUGAAAAGGGCGAGACGCAAAGCUCAGAGAAGAAGAAGAGGAAGAAGAAGAAGAAAGUCACCAAAAAGCAGAAAGGGAAGGGAAAGGGAAGAAAGAGAAAGCAGAAAGCAGAGGCAGGUGUUAAAGCGGACGAAGGAGCUGCAAUUUCGACGUCUGGCAGCAAAGCAGAAGAAGCAAACGCUCUGAGUAACUUCAUCAGCGACUCGCACAAACGCGACCAGUCGAGUAGAGACCCGAACAGAGUCGCCGACACCGAAUAUGAGCUUGGAGGAAAAGAUGAGGCCUCUAACGAAGUCAUGAAAGAUGAGCCAGCGAUGGACAAGGAGGCCGUUUCCAUCGCGUCUCCUACGACAGUCCAGAAGAAACCAGCAGAGUCCGUGCAGGAGAUGACUGUUUCUACAUCAACCAGCACAACAACUACUGGUCCACAAAAAGCAAAAACCAAAAGGCUAAAAAAGGGGGGGAAGAAGAAGAAAAGCACGACACCUGCUCUUCCCUCUCAUGAAGAGCUAGUAUUGACCACAACUGACACUUCUGUCCCCGCCAUCGUUACAGAAACCCCAGCCGCACAGCCCGAGCAACAAAGCACUGAAAGGCGACCUCUCGUCAGCACUGCCAGGGCACCCAUUGUAAUCCCCAAAGUCAAAAGAAACAGGUCAAAGGAGCGAGGAGAAGGAGAGGGGAGGAAAAAAAGGAAGAAAGACAGCUCAGCUUCUCCCUUUGUGGUUGCUCCUCAGGAAAAUUCCACUGCAGACAAUCUGAAAGUGAUCCCUCCCACCGGGGCUCCCACCGUACCAUCGGUGCACACCACAGCACGGCAGCUUUCACACAGGCUGGACAUUCACGGAGGGAAGCCGAUCGUCCAAGUUUCGUCUCGAAACUCUUCCUUUAGCGUUAUGAGAAGGCAGAAGUCACAAGCGAGAGGACUGAGGAGCAGGAGGAGGAACAUAUUUUCGCCUCUUUCGAACAGCCCUGAGCUUCCUGUUCUUCCAACUCCGGAGACGAGCGUAGAACUGAACCCUGCGACCACUGCUGCGAUCAACAGGCCCACAGUAACAGAGACUCACAGUGAAUGGAGGCUUUUUACCACCAUCACUGCCGCCCCUUCUAUCAUUACUAAAAGACACAGGCAGACCAUCAGACAGCAGAGAAAGCAAAGAAAGAAAGCCGUAGCUGCUGCCCUCAGCCAGGGCUUUCUUACCCUCACACAGACUGAACAAACACCCAUGACAUUUACAACCUCACCGUCCAAAGUCGCCACUACUGAAGAGCUCAAGACCUCCGUGACCACCUCAGUCGCUCCCGUCAUGAGUCCAAUGCAGCUAUCUAUUGAGAGAGUGAGAGCUCAUUUUAGCCGGAAGAAGAGGAGGAAAGCAAUAAUGUCUAGCAGACAACAGUGAGCCAAGUGGUGCCAGCAUAGCUACAAACAAAAAGAGAGCAACUUAGCUGGCUAGGCUAGCUUCUGUCAAUCACAUAACGUAAUCUUUUCUGGCUCAGCAUUUAAAAUCACAGAAAAUGGACAGAAGUCACAUUUGAUUGUAACGUGAGAAUCAUAUUUUGUAAUACUGUGUUCUGCAUGUCUAUAAUAAAACAAAUUCUGAAUGAU